CAGGGUGGCUCAGGGAUAAAUUUGCAGCCUGAGAGGGGGUGAGCUGACACUGUCCCAGCUGCCACCUAGACUCGGAGCUCCAUCCAGCUCUCCAGCGAAGACAUCCCAGUUCCAGCACCUGCCUUCUUGGAGUGGGGAAGACUCUUAAAGGGCAAGGGAUUUCUGAUUCCUUAAGAUACCAACUGUCUACACUCACACCUCCUGCCCCGCAGCCAUGGCCAUGCAGAAAAUCUUUGCUCGGGAAAUCCUGGACUCCAGGGGCAACCCGACAGUGGAGGUGGACCUGCACACAGCCAAGGGCCGAUUCCGAGCAGCUGUGCCCAGUGGGGCUUCCACGGGUAUCUAUGAAGCUCUGGAACUAAGAGAUGGAGACAAAGCCCGCUAUCUGGGGAGUAGCGAAGCCAGGUUUCCACCCCAACACCCCCUGCCCCCAUCCCUUUUUGAGCCCUUAUGCCCUGGCCCAGAUCCAGGCACCCUCUCCCCAUCUCAGGCUUUCAACGUGAUCAACGGGGGCUCCCAUGCUGGAAACAAGCUGGCCAUGCAGGAGUUCAUGAUUCUGCCUGUGGGGGCCAGCUCCUUCAAGGAAGCCAUGCGCAUUGGUGCUGAGGUCUACCACCACCUCAAGGGGGUCAUCAAGGCCAAGUAUGGGAAGGAUGCCACCAAUGUGGGUGAUGAAGGUGGCUUCGCACCCAACAUCCUGGAGAACAAUGAGGCCCUAGAGCUGCUGAAGACGGCCAUCCAGGCAGCUGGUUAUCCAGACAAGGUGGUGAUCGGCAUGGAUGUGGCAGCAUCUGAGUUCUAUCGCAAUGGGAAGUACGAUCUUGACUUCAAGUCACCUGAUGAUCCCGCACGGCGCAUCACUGGGGAGAAGUUCGGAGAGCUGUAUAAGAGCUUCAUCAAGAACUACCCUGUGGUCUCUAUCGAGGACCCCUUUGACCAGGAUGACUGGGCCACUUGGACCUCGUUCCUCUCGGGAGUGGACAUCCAGAUUGUGGGGGAUGACCUGACAGUCACCAACCCCAAGAGGAUUGCCCAGGCCGUUGAGAAGAAGGCCUGCAACUGUCUGCUGCUGAAGGUCAACCAGAUUGGCUCGGUGACUGAAUCGAUCCAGGCGUGCAAACUCGCUCAGUCUAAUGGCUGGGGAGUGAUGGUGAGCCACCGCUCUGGGGAGACUGAGGACACAUUCAUUGCUGAUCUUGUGGUGGGGCUCUGCACAGGACAGAUCAAGACUGGCGCCCCCUGUCGCUCGGAGCGUCUGGCCAAAUACAACCAACUCAUGAGGAUCGAGGAGGCUCUUGGGGACAAGGCUGUCUUUGCUGGACGGAAGUUCUGUAACCCGAAGGCCAAGUGAGAAUCUGGAGGCUCCAGGACUCCACUGGACAGACCCAGGUCUUCCAGACCUGCUUCCUGAAAUAAACACUGGUGCCAACCAAGA